ACAAGCAGAGAGGUUGCCAUGUAGAGGCGGUAUAGAAGGCGAUAAAAAAGGCAUUCUGGUGGCGCACUGACGAAGACCUCCUACUAACCCACAGACCUCCUACUAACCCACAUUUCAACUUACAAGGAGCGCAGUGGCAAUGAGGCGGUGAUUCCACUAGCCUGUCGAGGACCCCACAGCUUUGCCCCGAAUCACAAAAUGUCGGCCGCCAUGACUUACAUUCACGGAGACCGUUGCUUCGCUAAACAGGGAGGAUAUUGUGUAAUGGCGCCUAGAUACCAGGUGAAGUCUAAUCUGAAGAGCAUGGAGCGGGAGCUUCAGUGCCCUGUGUGUAAGGAUAUAGUGAAGCAGCCGGUGGUGCUGCCCUGCCAGCACAGUGUGUGUCUGCUCUGUGCUUCUGAGGUGCUGGUGCAGAGUGGCUACCCGCAGCCCGAGCUGCCCCCUGAGCCCAACUCGCCUGCCUCCACCCCCAACACCCGUUCGCCACGCCAGGCCCGCCGGCCCACACCCAAAGCCGAACGCAUGCUGCGUCCAGGUUUUGGAACGUAUCCAGGGCGUAGGCGUAAGGAGGGCCCUUCCCAGGCCAUGCUCUUCCCCUGUGUCCCCUGUGGUCGAGACGUGGAACUGGGCGAGAGGGGGCUGGCUGAAUGCAUGAGGAACCUCACCCUGGAGCGUAUAGUGGAGAGGUACAGGCAUACGGUGAGCCUCGGCAGCGUGGCCGUCAUGUGUCAGUUCUGCAAGCCGCCGCAUGCCCUGGAGGCCACCAAGGGCUGUGCCGACUGCAGGGCCAGCUUCUGCAAUGAGUGCUUCAAGCUUUACCACCCCUGGGGCACGCCCCGCGCCCAGCAUGAGCAUGUGCUGCCCACCCUCAACUUUCGGCCCAAGGUACUGACAUGUCUCGAACAUGAACAGGAAAAACUGCAGUUCUACUGUAAAUCGUGCCAAAGGCUCCUCUGCUCCCUCUGUAAGCUCCGUCGAGUCCACGCAGGCCACAAGAUUGUGCCUGUCACCCAGGCAUACCAAACACUCAAGGACAAGAUCACCAAGGAGCUAAACUACAUCCUGUCCAAUCAAGGCACAGUACUGACUCAAAUCACACAGCUGGAGAAUGCCAUCACUCAAACUGAGGUUAAUAGUGUAGCGGCCCGUGAGCAACUCUCUCAAUGUGUGUGCGAGCUGACGGCUCUGCUGUUGGAACGGCAGUCCAUGCUGGCCCAGGCCCUGGAAAGCUCACGCCAGAGGCGGAGUGAGGCCUUAGCCAGUCAGGUUGCUGAGAGGCGGAGCCUGCUGGAGCAUGCAGGCCUGAUGGCUUUUACCCAAGAACUCCUGAAAGAGGUGGACUCGGCCUGCUUUGUACAUGCAGCUCGACUUACACACAACAGGUUGGCCCAGUCCAUUGAAUCUCUACAGAAUUUCUCUCUCUCCGCAGAUCCCUCAUUCCGACACUUCCAGCUGGAUGUCUCCAGAGAGCUUAAACUCCUCACUGACCUAAACUUCAUUCAGGCCCCUCUAGCCCCUGUGAUUGACACCCAGCGCACUCUGGCCUAUGACCAACUCUUCCUGUGCUGGAGGCUGUCCCAAGACUCCUCUCCUGCUUGGCACUUCUCUGUGGAGUACCGUCGCCGGGGUGUGGUGCCAGGGGGCGGGGCUAGAGGCGGCAUCCGUGGGGGAUUGGCUGGUGCCCGCUGGGGCUGGCAGAGAUUGGAAGAGGUGUGUGGAACCAGCUCUGUGAUUGAUAGGCUGGAGAUGGACAGCGUGUAUGUACUGCGAGUGAGGGGAUGCAACAAGGCCGGCUUUGGGGAGUACAGUGAGGAAGUAUAUCUGCACACGCCUCCAGCUCCAGUGCUGAAUUUCUACCUGGACUCACGCUGGGGACUGCAUGCUGACAGGCUGGUGGUCAGCAAAGAGCAGCGCUGCGCCCGCAGUGUGCCAGGACUCUCUCUACUGCAGGCGGCUGACCGCGCUCUCACUUCCUGUCACCUGACCGCCGACCUGCUUGUGGGCGACGUGGCCGUCACACAGGGACGCCACUACUGGGCAUGUUCGGUGGAGCCUGGCUCCUACCUGGUCAAGGUUGGUGUUGGUCUGGAGUCAAAAUUGCAGGAGUGGUUCCAUCUGCCUCAAGACAUGGCCAGUCCACGGUAUGACCCAGACAGUGGACAUGACAGUGGGGCAGAGGAUUCUUCAGACUCUCCGCCCCCUUUCACCUUCCUCACCAUGGGCAUGGGCAAGAUCUACCUGCCCCCCUCUACCAACUCCCAUCAUGGAACAGCCAAUUACCGAGAUGGUGGCAUUGCUAAUGGAAAUGGCCCUGCUUCUCCAACUGGAGUCACCUAUCCUCUACCUCCCAGGCUGGGGGUGUGUCUUGACUUUGAAAAGGGUCGGGUAACCUUUUAUGAUGCACAUUCUCUCCGCCCACUCUGGGAGGGGCCUGUGGACUGCUCCGCCCCUGUCUGCCCAGCAUUUUGCUUCAUUGGAGGAGGGGCUCUGCAGCUGCAGGAGCUGGUAGCAAAUCGUAAUGCAGAUCAGACACCUGUCAGAAGGGUUACCAUCCAGUCCCGUGUAACUAAACUGAACUGAACUGAGGUAAAUUGCUAUAAAUUAUAUUAUUCCGGCAAAAUAAGAUACACACUGGGCAAUCUCAGUGAAUUUUGUUUUUAUAUUUAAUUUUUAAGAAACAGUUUUUUAAUUGCACUGAAUAUGCACAUCAGAACAACUUUGUGAUUUUCUUUUGUUCUACAAUGUCUUUAAUAGGGCUUCAUUACUUUAAUUGUAAAUUUCUCUAAACAAAUUGCAAGAGCUAAUCUUGAUGUGGCCUAUGAAACUACUUAAUAUAUCUGGAAAAAUGUUUAUAUGCAAGACCAUAUAAUACUCCCUAGAGAUGUGGAAUCUUUUGCCUUUUUUCUCUUGUUUAGAUUGUGCACCUCAAAUGUUUUGAUACUAGUUUCUUUCAUUGAAGCAAGCCAAAGUGCUUUCUAUCUUUAAACGCCUCCUCAGUUAACAUAUCUGACUGUUAGAGACCUCUCAAUGAUUCUGGUUACUGUUAAAGCCAAAGUCAGUGCCAUUCUCUCCUGUUCAUUUCAGUUCUAUCUGACAGAUCUCUUCAGUCCCCUUCUCUUCAAUGCUCUUAAAUAAUGUUGACUGGCAAAUUGACGAUUCACAUCACAGACAUUUACAUACUAUUUUAACUACUGUAUGUUGGUUCAGGAAUCCACAUCCAAUCUGUGUUGUAAAUAUUAAUUGCAUAUUUAAACUUUUUUUUUUUUUCUGUUACCAGUUUACCUUCAUUUCAUCAGAUUAGAAUGCCCUUAACUGUAAUUUCAUCAAAAAAAUUUCAAUCAAAAGAGCGGCCUGCUUAUAGGUUGAAUUAAUAAUACUGAACUUCAUUGUACUUAAUGAAGAACAUAAGCAAUGGUAAGGAAUCAGAGUGUGUUAAUUGCUCCUGUAUAUGUGAUGUGUUGAGGAGAUGGAGAAUGUAUGAGUGUGCGUGCAUGCAUCUGUACACUUGCUACAUUAUGCAAAUCCUUUAGCUUUAUCUUAUAGAUUUUUUUUUAAUGGGCUGACAGUGAACUUGACUUUGGUUAUGGUGAUAAGCUGUGCUUCCUUCAAAUCACUUAUAAACAGAUUUUGUGAUUAAGAUAACAUAGACAUCACCUGCUGGCAGAAUAUUUAUUAAAUCUUAACAAAGAAAAUAUUGCAAAAUAAAGUGUAAGUCUGGAUAUUG